AUAUAGGUUAAUACACUUUCCGAAAAUAAAAUGAAUGUUUGUAACUAGACAAGCGUAAACGAAAUGUGAUCUAAGAUAUUAUAAAGUAACAACUUUAAUGUAUCAUAUUAAUGUGUUGCGCGCGCUUAUUGCGGAGUUAAUAAUUCAGGUUUACUUAUCAUACGUUGUAGUGAGCGAGAGAGAGAAAAGUUUGCCAGAAUCUGUCUAUUAGAAGGAAAUUACUACAAGUGUUGCAGUUGUUUUUAACACCCUAACAAUAAGCAAAAAAUAAGUUUAUGAUAGUUCUAUAUAUCUAACCAAAAACACAUAAAAUCUUAUAUGCUACGGAUAAUUAUUAGUGCUAAAUUUGCAAAUCAUCAUCAUCAUCAACAACAACAACAACAACAACAACACAGUGAUUUAGACUUGCUAUUAGAAAGAUUUCAAAUGAGGACAUGCAUGCACAUGUUCUAUACACAAGAGAGGAUUCAAACACAACAAAUUCUUCCGGAUGUACCGAACAGACAGAUGUGUCCAGUUUAUCUGGUGGUGACGUCACUUCCGCUAGCGCCUACAAUCCAAAAGCAUACCCGGCGCAAGGUGCUGGAUAUCUGGAUGAGAAACGUUUUACACCCGCCGUAGGCAUAAAUCAUGAGUUACCGAGGCAGAAUACGUGCUGUUCAAGUCAGAUGCAAUUUGAAAAUGGCGGGAAACCGUUUACAAGGCAACAGUCGGAGACAUUUAGUCAGAGUCGUUGCUAUGCACACGAACGUGCACCGUUGCUAGGAGAUGACUUGAUACGAGAAGAAUGUAGAAGACUCUUCAGGUCUGAGUGCGAUGAAAUUAUAAAACUCAAGAAAAACUACAAGAAUUUAAGAAAAAUGUUCAUAAUUCUAGCGUUUCUAUGCAUCGUGUUGAUCAUUUGUGUCAUUUCUGUCCUGCCAGUUAUUUUGGUUUCGUUUAAAAUGGGAAACAGUCCAGAUACGAAUGAUAAAUCCUCCGGUACAUUAUCGACCAUGACGAUGGAAGAGGCCUUUAAAAACUUUAUGUUCAGGGAACUUCGUUCACAAAUAGCUAAAGGAAUAAUACGAAAACACAUUUUCUGUGAUAAGUGCCAGGAAAGAGGAAGAAAUUCAUACGAUAGUAAAGGUUUUGGUGACCCAGACGAAUUGGAAUGUUGUCAGGAGAAUGUAUUUGAUGACUUCACAACGUUCAAAGACACAUUUACAGAGAAAUUGCAAUCAUACUUCAAGGAUAUUCAAGACCUUGGCAACAGGGUUUUUAAUCUGGAAGAAGAAGUUAUUCGGCUUCAACAUAACGGCAAUAAGUCAGAGGGAAACAUUACUUCAACAUCGCCGCCAGGUAUCUUUGCAAUUUUGCAAAACCGUGUUACCCUGAAUAACAACCUAUUGAAUCAAUUGCUAAGCCAGAAACGUUCUUCUAUGCAACUAAAAGGAACAGCAAAAUCCAAUGCUAUUGAAUGGCAAGAAGAUAUAACAAAUGGUGACAUCUUUUCCACAAACAACAACGGGUUGCACGUUCAAAGUGGAGGAACAUAUUAUUUGUACACAAAUAUACAGUUCAAGAAAAAUAAUUGCACGGAUGGCGAGGUUUUUGAAUAUAGGAUAUUUAAAAACAGAGACGGAUACAAGAGAAUCAUAGCUCAUGUCAAACAGACGUGCAUGGGUUUCCCGAACUCCUUUGCGAUAUCCUUGAAUUUUCAGAAGGUCGUAGAUGUACGUCAAGGGGAAUCAUUUUCUAUGACCGUAUCAUCACAUUCUUUGUCCCUAGACCCAUGGACUCAUGUUUUUGGUCUUAUUGAAAUUUGAGUUGUGGGGGUGGGGGGGGGGGGGGGGUUAUUGCUCAACGGCCAAAAUUCAUAGUCAUUCAUUUAUGAAGUCAUUCAUUUGUAUAUUCUUCAUUUAUAAAUGCAUUCAUCUUUAUAAAUAUUCAUAAACUGAUAAAUAAUUUUGUAAAAUAAUAAUUAUGUAAAAUAUUGUUAUAAAAAUGGCAGACUAUUUUUUUACUAGAAAUGUAAUAGAUCUCAUUUACUAUAUAUAUUUGUGUGUACCGUUUUUUUAAUUAUGUAUUCAUUCCUUGAUGCAAGUUCAUCAAAAAAGGUAUUUUUUUAUAAUCUUUAUAAAAGAUGUUAAAGUUCGAGAAUGCCUCGUCUGUGGUCUAGAUCUAUAUUUUUAUAAUUGAAUUAAAGAAAAUUCUUAAUAAAUGUUUAAAAAUUGCAGCAUUGAUUAUGCAAUUGUGAUGCAACAUAUUGCAUUAAAAACUCUAAAUAGAUGUUUAAAAAUUGCAACAUUGUAUGGAAUGGCGAUAUUUUUUUCUAACAUUUGUCAGGGCGUAUUUUAUUAUUACAUAUUGCUCAUUAAACUUUGUAUAUUUCUAUGUUUGUGCUUAAGGAUAUUUUCGUAUAACUAGUGUUGCUCAAAAAAACGGACGUAUAUAUAUAUAUGCUAAAGAUUGAUUAAAGGUUUAAAUAUCAUUAUGUAACAAGCAGAAAAAUGUUUCAUAAGAAGGGCAGGGCAGUCAGCAAGGAACAUUUCGAUGGACUUAAAUGGCGUGGUGCUAAAAGCAUAAAAAAUGCAAAGAGACACUACUGUACAUAUGGGGCCCCGAUAUAGGUUGUUGAGGCAAGUUGAUAACACAAUUAUUUGUUAAUGGAAUCUCUGCAAAAAUGUUUAAUUUAAAGGUCCUUUAUGCCCCAGAUAUGCCUUAUUACUUUUCUCAAAAUUUGUUACAGUUGGUAAAAUUGGUCAAUCACCUGAAUCGUAUUUUUCUUCUGUUACUUUCUGUGAAUUAUUAUAGUAACAGUGAUUUAUUACUUUGUAUGGAAGUCAAAGUGCUACGUUGUUUCCAUUUUGCUACUUUUAUUUCACAUUUGGUACAACAUUUUUCAGGUUAUAAGCCUCUAACAUGCUCAAACACCACUAUGUAAAUGUUAUUUGCUCAUGAGGAAGAGAAUUUUAAUAGUUUCAGAGGCAAUCUGCGCCUUUAAAUGCAAAUGUGCAAAUAUGAUAAACGAAAGUAUUAAAGAUAAUAAUAUUAUAACACUGCAUUGUAACGAGCAGAUGUGAAUAGAAAUAUCUUGUUUUAUUAUAGGGCAGAUAAUAAAAUGUAUGAACAUACACAAUAUAUUAUAUUUUUUUGUAUAUGAUAUAUGAUAUGAUAUGUAAAUGGCUAGAUCUACGAAUAAAUUUUAAAAAGUUACCGCUU